AGAAUAUUUUUUGGGGAAACAAUUUUCGGCCCCAGCCCCUAGGAUCUCCAGACUGGAUUCCAUGGCAGGUGCACACCUGAGGGUGCUAGUGCUCUGCAAAAAUGCACGUGAGCGAAUUCAAUUUUGCACGCUGAAAAUUUGCAAUUGCUCACCGAUGAAAAUCGGUUCAAAUGGUUUUCAAAUCAAUAAUCCAGUAGUAUAAAGAUGCCAACAAAUUGUAGCUCCACAAUUGUCGACUACAUACUAGCUUGAAAGAUUUGACCUGAUCGAAAAAUGCGAAGCAAAAAAGAUCAUAUUUCAUAAUUGCUUGGCGGUAUUGCGCAUCGUGUUGAAUGACAGGAAUCCCGUGAGAAUAGUUACGUGUGAAAAGAUCGCCAGACUCCUUGCCGACGCUGGUCAGUUACUUCCCUGAUUCAGCGUAUUUUUAUCCAAUAAUUCUACGUAAAAACACUCCCAAAACUAAUGACAAAGUAUAGAAAUAAUAUUUGGGGGUCAAAGGGCAAACGUCCAUUUUGCUCUGAUUCAUCGUAUUUUUUUAUCCAAUAAUUUUUCGCGGAUGUACCGAACAGUACCUGUAUCCAUAGUCGCACAAACACUCUUGAAAUUAAUGUCAUAGUAUAGAAAUAAUGUAAAGGUCAAAUGUCCGUUUUUGCUCCGAUUCCACAAUUUUUUAUCCCAUACCUGUAAUUUUACGUGGAUGUAUUGUAUCCAAAGUCAAAGUCAGUUGAAUGUGGGCGCAGUUGUUUUACACGCUGGGAAUUCUGAUUUGCACACAGGAAAUUCCUGAUUGCACGCCCAAUUUCUCGUUCAUGAAAUCCAGACCGGAGGCUGGGAAACACUGCAAUUGGUUCAUUUUUGCACAAAUUCAUAUUUCGCAGACUACAUAAAUUUAAAAAACUGGCAAUUGAAAAUUUAGACUUGAAGUUAUAUUUAAAGGCUUGUUUAUUGAAGUAUAAUGUAUUCUAAAAGCAGUGACCAAAGUUGCACCAGCUUAAGUGAAUCUGAAAAAGCACAAGUGGAGUUUAUUAAGAUGGCAAAAGUUGCUGUCGCAACUGCAAUCAUCAGAUCAAAACCAGAUACCAUGACUGGUGAACAAUACGCUUCGUUCUUGCAUCAAAAAAUUCAAUUGGAUAGAGAUAAAUGGGAACAAAAAUGUAAAAAUCUUGAACAAGAGUUAUUGGAAAUGAAAAUAAAACUUUUGUCAAAGAAAACUGAAGUUGUUGGUACUAAUGAUGAUGUGCCAUCAUGUUUUUCUACUACUCCGCCAUGCUCCUCAGAAAAUGUUGAAACACACAAGAGUGUAUGUUCUGAUGAGAAAAUAUUACAUACUCAUGCUGAGUUUCUUGAGUGUGUUUCAAAACUCAAGUUUUCCGCGAAUUUUUUGGAUCAAGUUGCGGAUGCAUUUGGAGAUAUAAAUGUUGCAAGUGGUCAUACGGAUGUUAGUGAAGAUAUGUUGCAAAGAAAUAUUGUCAAUAAGCAAACAUUACAUAGCGUUGAAGAAAUUUUUAAAUUUGUAAAGAGGAAAAUCACAUCAGGGAAUAAAUCUUUGAUUUCUAAUAAUGCUAUUUCAUUUUCUAUAUCAUGUCUGAUUAAGCUGCUUUCAUCAUUUGAAAAUUAUCUAAUAUCAUCUAGAAAUGAAGAUAGUUAUAUUCUAGAAAUCGCAACAAACAUUGUUGAAAAGAGUUGCAAUUUUUCUUUAGAAUUACAAGCACAUAUUAUGAGUUGCACUGAUAUAGAAUCGUAUAAAAUCCAAAAAUCUUGUUGUGAAGUAAUUGUUCAUCUCGCAAAUUAUCCAAGCCUUUGUAAUGCUAUUGUAAAACAAUUAGUUCAAGGAAUAGUUGCAGUAGGAUUGAAUUUAAAAUCGUCAUUGAAUAGUGAAGUAGAUGUAAAUCAACAAGGACCACCUGAUUAUAUAUUAUGUGAAAACGUUGCAUAUUUGUUUAAGAUGUUGGAAUCAAUUUUAUCGUACUUGCUUGAAAGUAUUCACGAAGAGAAGGUUUCUCACUCAAAGAGAGGAGCAAAUUCUUGUGCUAGUAAUAAAUCCACUGUGCCGGACGAUAGAGAGGUCACUGCCAAAGAGGUAAAUUCAAAUAUAAAUCAAAAUUGCGAAAAGGAGACCAAAGAGAGCACAACAUCGCGGAAACAAAAACGAAAGAAAAGCUCAUCCCAACCUCAAAAUAAAAAAACAAAAACCAGUGCUGAUAAUGUUUCUACAAAUAUAAUAGACUUUUUCAAUUCAAUGAAAAACUCACAACAAUUGAAAAGUCAGAAUCAACUUUCUGAAACUGAAUUUACUCAAACAGAAAACAAUUCUUCGGAGAAAGAAGAAUCUGCUCCGAAAAACCUGCCAAAUUCUAAUAGUAAGACAAGAGAGGAAAAAGUCAGCAGUAUUAGAUCAAUCGUAACUCCGGAUUUUUUGAUUUAUAUUCAAGAAGCAAUGGAUAAUUCACUGAUACAUAUUUGUGAUGAUUUUCCUCUGUUUUCAUUCUAUGUUUGGAAAAUAAGUAGUUUAGCUGAAAGAAUUAUGAGAGCAUUAGAAAACUGAAUUGUUUGUAAUGUUCUGAAAUUUCAGCGUGGGAAACCGAAACCUCAUUUCAAUUGUCGGGCUAUUUGGGAUUCAGAAAUAACAGUUUAUAAUAGUUUAUGCUCAAUAAUACUCUGAGCUGCAGUUCCUUAUCAGCAAUUUCAAUAUUCCAAUUAAUUUUUUUUUUCAUGUAGUUCAGUAACACAUGGAGAUGAUAAAGGUAUGAAUCUCGCCCUUAAAUUAGCAUUCAUGCCAAUUACACCUGAAUAUAUAUGUCUAAAUAGAAAUUUCAAUUGGGUGCUGUGACCGAGCGUUAAUAUGUUAGAUUCAGCUGUGUUUGGUAGGCAAUUUUGGUAUGGGAAAUUAAAUUUAGUAGCCAAUGCAGAAUUCAGAGGAUUUUAGUCCUCCUUUCAUAUUAUCAGAUAUUGGUGGCUUAUUGUACAAAGUCUGGUAUGGAGCAAAAGGCAGAACAAAGCGUCAUACAAAAAAAAAAUUUAUGUAUAAAAAUUGAAACAGUAUAGAACUAUUGUGAAAAAGAUCUCAUUUGGUAACUUUAAUGCAUUGGUUCUCAAAUGGUGGGGCACGUCCCACAAGGGGCUCGAGCGUAGACAAUUUUUUGAGGAGUGCGUGAAGCUAAUGAAAAUAAAAAUAUUUGUUAGAGUUGAUCUUGUCUGCCUUAUUUUAUUUACAUUUCAAAACUUUGUCAAAGAUUUUUUCUUUGUAGCUUAUUGUUAGCUAGAUAUUUUUGAGGUGGGGUGCGAGACUUGACAAAUUCAAAAAAGGUUAUGCAGUUUAAAAAUGGAAAAAUGCUUUAAUGAAAAUGUUCAUUUACCGGUAAUUAUUGUUUUGAUGCAAAAUUAUGUCGUAUUUUUUACCACUGUGAAUUUUUGAACUGCUCAUUAAAACUGCUUCAACAUGGUCUUUUUACUGUAUUAGACUAUUAC